AUUUUUUAAUGAGUUUUCAUAAACACUUUUGAAGCUUAGAUGAUGUAAGGUCAGCAGUUCUGACACCUCUCAAUUUUUAUUGGUUUAUCCUUGGUUAAUUGCAUACUUUAUGUUUUAUGCCUUUUAUGUUAACAAAACAACUUUGUUGGCACUCUUAAACUGCUUCCAAUCUUUUAGAUGCUGUGCUAAAUCUAAUAUUUUAUAGAAUUCUUAAGAACUGUUGUAAUUUCCUAUUAGUUUUUUUUUAAUAAACGGAGAUACGUAUAUGAGAAAAUAUAUAAUACCUGGUUUAAAACUCCUCGCUGAGAUAUAUAUUGUUACCACAGUUCCACAAAAAGGAAUAAGAUACUCUGGAAUCUGAAGUUGCUCAUUUGAAGGAGCAACUAGCGAUUAUUAAAAAUAAAAUAGAAAAGUUAAGUGCCAAUUUUGCAAAAGGCUUGUAAAGGUAACUCGAAAUAAUGCAAAAACUACACACUCCUAUCUGGAAUACAGAUCCGAGAAAUUGGCGAAGGAGAAGAAUGUGUUAAAUGAACAAUUACAAAAAUUCCAAGAUGCUUUGAACGAAUUAUAGGUUCAAAGGUAAUGUCAACUUAAAUAAAAAGAGAACGUAACAGAAGAAAUAAGUCUCCAGAUGACCACAGUUAAACUGGAAGAAGAUAAUGAUCAGACUUCUCUGGAAAGCCUCAAAAAGAGUUAAAAGAAAGAUAUUGACUUAAAAGUCAUGCGAGAUAGGCUUAAAAAUGGAGUAAAAUCUAUUACGCAUGGGAAUUUCUGUAUCUUUCCAAUGGUCUAUGAUAUCGGACAUGAGAAAGUUCUGAUUUAGCACGUGUAGCAAAUUGUACUGGAUCAACGGUCGGUGAGAUGUAGAAGAUUGGUGUAAGAAAUGUGAUUUAUGUAACGGUAGAAAAGGUCCUAGAACAAGAAGUUGUGGUAAAAUGGCACAAUAUCUUUCCGGAAAGCCUUUUGAAUGAGUUGCAGUGGAUAUUCUCAAUCCACUUCCGAUGACAGAGACAGGAAAUAAGUACAUGGUCGCAAUGGAUUAUUUUUCAAAAUGGCCUGAAAUUGCACCCCUUCCUAAUCAAGGAACAUUGAGUUCUUUUCCAGUUACAUUCUGAUCAAUGACGAAAUUUUGAAUCAGAAUUCUGCCAAGAAUUAAUGACUCGCACUACGCCUCUCCAUCUGCAAUCAGACUGAAUUAUCAAGAGAUAAUAGAACUGUUUGUCAAUACCUUUCAAUGUUCGUCACUGAUAAUUAAAAAGAUUGAGAUACUUCAAUUCCUUUCUUCCUCCUAUCCUCUAGAAGUUCCUAAUUUGAAGCGAUCGGUUAUGCUCCAUUGAUGAUGAUCACCGGAAGAGUGAAUGAAGCUUCCACAAGAUCUUAUUUUUGGAAGAUUGCCUCCCUGCGAAGAACGUUCAUCCCUGAUGUACAUCGAAAAUUUGAAAGAAAAAUUGGAAAAAAAGUUCACGAAUUUGUUCCUAAAGGUUUGACGCUUUCAAGUGAUAAAUCCAAGGCCAGAAUUGACAUGCAUGCUACCGGGACAACUUUCAAAAGAGGUGAACCAGUAUGGCUAUAUAAUCCCAAACGUAAGAAAGGACUUCGUCCGAAUCUUCAACGAAACUGGAAGGUUCCGUACACCGUCCUGCAGAAAAUACACAAUCUAAUCUAUCACAUCCAGUGUUCGGUUAGAAGUAAACCAAGGUGUUGGGUUCAGUCAGUCCCUGAUAGAGUUAGUCGAGGCGAAUAACUCUUAAGAAAGGGGCAGCGUUAGGGAACAUCCAUAAACUAGAGGGAGGGAGGUUGUAGAGAAGAGAGGGGGAAGACUUUGCUUAUUGCGAUGCUAUACAACAGAAAGGAGUAGAAAGGGGGGCAUGAGUGUACAUCCGACGUCGUUUAGUGUCUUUCACUAUUUUGUGUCGCUAUUAUCUCUAUAAAUAUAAUUGUGUACUAGCUCUUAUGAUCCAUUC